GGUUAUGCGCUGCACUCAGCACGCACCCACUCAAGGGAUAGCAGAUUCAGCAAAGCCGAAGCAACAGCCCACCGGAACGAAAGCAUCCCCUGCUGCGCAGCCUGCCACCUAGAUCGCGUAGCGGCGCGACUCAGCCUUCAGCCUACAUAUAGUACUUCAGCCUUCAGCCUAUAGCCUAUAACCAGCGCUUCAUUGGGAGUCACUGGCUUGAGGCUGUUGCGUGAGCGAUCGAUGGAGGGAGGCGGCGGCGGAGGGUGCGGGGUGUUGGCAGAGGCGGCGAGGCCGGCGGCGGGGAUGGUCGUGGUGCAGAUGCUAUUCUCCGUGCUGAACAUCCUCAUCAAGCUCGCGCUCAACGACGGCAUGGACGCCCGGGUCCUGGUGGCCUACCGCUUCAUGUUCGCCGUCGUCUUCCUGUGCCCCAUCGCCUUCUUCGUCGAGAGGAACACAAGGCCACCACUAACCAGGAAGGUCGUCCUACACUUGUUCUUGUGUGGGCUGUUCGGAUUUACUAUAAACCAGAACCUGUACGUGCUGGCCAUAAAGUUAACUUCGGCAACCUUUGUUACAGCUAUCGCCAACCUAACACCUGCAGCAACCUUCAUUCUUGUGAUAUUGACAAGGCUUGAGACUUUGAAACUUAGGAAGCGUGCUGGGCAAGCAAAAUUUGUGGGAACCCUUAUCGGCAUGGGUGGUGCAAUGUUGCUUACAUUCUAUAAGGGGCCAGAGUUGAAGUUGCUUCGUCGGCUGCCACAUCCCAAGCUUGUACACAUCACCAAAGCCCACCACACCCACCCACCAUCAACUGGUAAUCAAAUUCUUGGCUCAUUUCUUGGCAUCACCAGUUGUUUCAGCUACGCUACAUGGCUUGUCAUCCAGGCGAAAGUGGGUGAAGUGUAUCCAUGCCACUACUCGAUUGCUGCAAUGGUGUGUCUCUUCGGUGCAAUCCAGUCGACUAUAAUGGCAGCUUGUGUGGAGAGAGACAAGGAACAGUGGAGGCUAGGCCUAAACAUUAGACUCUACUCGUCAGCUUACGCGGGCUUGGUAGCAUCAGGAUUCGCGUUCCCGUUACUAUCAUGGUGCCUGCGAAAGAAAGGGCCCCUCUUUAUCGCUGUGUUCAGCCCAUUGAUGCUCAUCUUCGUCGCAGUUCUGAGCUCCAUUCUUCUCAAUGAGGCGUUGUACCUCGGGAGUGUGCUUGGUUCUAUACUAAUUGUGGGUGGCCUAUACCUGGUUCUUUGGGGCAAAGCGAAGGAACAAGCUGAGGUGUCCAAAGAUGACGAAAUGGGCAGGGAAUCCAUUCCUAUGACUCCUACCAGUGAAAUGAAAUAAGACGAGAAUCAUGGAAUUAAAUAAAAAAUAAAUCGGAGAUAAGAUGUUAACUAUGUAUAUUGUAUUCACACC